AUGCAGAUUGAAGAAUCCACGGGUCAGGCUUCGCGCCGUCGUCGGGGAAACGUGGUGCAAAGGAUGUUUGGCCAGAUCAGGCGCUGUUUCAGUCGCAGACGGGAUGAGCCCACCUUGCCCAGGGAGUUUACUCGCCGUGGGCGUCGAGGUGCAAUAUCCGUGGACAGCCUGGCUGAACUGGAGGAUGGGGCCCUGCUGCUGCAGACCCUGCAACUUUCCAGGAUUUCCUUUCCGAUUGGCCAGCGACUUCUGGGAUCCAAAAGGAAAAUGAGCCUCAAUCCGAUUGCUAAACAAAUUCCUCAGGUUGUUGAGGCUUGCUGCAGCUUCAUUGAGAAACAUGGCUUAAGGACAGUGGGGAUUUUCACCUCGGAACACUCAGCGGAGAGAGUGCGUCAGCUCCGUGAAGAAUUUGAUCAGGGUCUGGAUGUAGUGCUGGAUGACAAUCAGAAUGUGCAUGAUGUGGCUGCACUCCUCAAGGAGUUUUUCCAUGACAUGAAGGACUCUCUGCUGCCAGAUGAUCUGUACCUGUCCUUCCUCCUGACAGCAAGUUUAAAGCCACAGGAUCAGCUUUCUGCCCUGCAGCUGCUGGUUUACCUGAUGCCACCCUGCCACAGUGAUACCUUGGAGCGUCUGCUGAAGGCCCUGCAUAAGAUCACUGAGAACUGCGAGGACUCCAUUGGCAUCGACGGACAGUUGAUUUUAGGAAACCGUAUGACUUCCAACAAUUUGGCUCUGGUGUUUGGAUCUGCUCUCCUGAAGAAAGGAAAAUUUGCCAAGAGGGAGUCCAGGAAAACAAAACUGGGGAUUGACCACCAUGUUGCUUCUGUCAAUGUGGUUCGUGCCAUGAUUGAUAAUUGGGAUGUCCUCUUCCAGGUACCUCCCCACAUUCAGAAACAGGUUGCUAAGCGUGUGUGGAGAGCCAGUCCUGAAGCCCUGGAUUUUAUCAGACGCAGGAAUUUGAGGAGGAUCCAGAGUGCUCGCAUAAAGAUGGAAGAGGAUGCUUUACUUUCUGAUCCUGUGGAAACUUCUGCUGAAGCCCGGGCUGCUAUCCUUCCUCAGAACAACCCCUUUGAUGAAGGUUCCUCUGAGGAGCCAGAUGUGCCUCCCAGCACUGCCUAUUUCCUUGACAACGAGGAAGGAGUGGAUAGCCUCCCUAUUCCGGAAUAAGACCGCCCAUUGCUCCGUGUGCCCCAGGAGAAGGAGGCCAAAACUGGCAUCAGCUACUUCUUUCCUUAGAUGUUUUUCCUUCUGUCAGAUGCCGGACAGGGGAAAAGGGUGGGGGUAUACCUGAGAUGUUUCAGGAAACAUUGAGGAAACGUUGAGGGUAAAGAUCUGAGGGUAAGAAGGAUUUCCACCUGAUGCUCGGGUCAGGCUGAGAACUCCAAACACACUGUCAGCCCUUUCACUGGGGAUGUUUGGUCCCUUCAGCUAGUAAAAGCAGAGAUGUUUCUGUGUCACACCCAGGCUCCCUGGUGUGACCUUGCCUUUCUCUUUUACCCCUGAUCCUGGCUUUCCCACACUACAGCCUGUCCUUUAAUUGAUGUGACAUUUGUGGUAAACACCUUGUCCCGGAGAAGCUCACAAAUCUCAAGAUGCUUUCCCUACCCCCAAAAAGGGAAUUGCAUGUUUUUCCUGACUUUCCUUCCCUCCUCCCGAGAGCUCAAUUGGAAAGGCCCUCAAGAGGCAUGCUAGGAUGUUAGGUCAGCCUACUGACAGCUGACAAACAAUUAAUGCUAAAACCGUGUCACACCAACUCAUAUCCAUGUCCCUGCAGCAACUCCACCACCUCAGGAUUUUUGCCCCCCCCUCCAAAUUAAUUAGACCAAUGGCUCAUCAAGCAGCCACCCCCAAAAUUCUGUGCAGUUUUGCUUAGGUCAUGCUAACAGGGAAACCUCAAAUGUAAGCCUAACUAGCCUUCUGGGGUCAAAAGUUAGAGGAGAAAUUUGAUUUUAUUACCUAGAUCUGUUUUACAGACAGCUGGGGUUCACACCCUGAUGUCAGGAAAACAGCUAGUUAGGUAGAGGCACAUAGUUCCAAGUAGUUAAAGUCACCUGAUUCCAAAUGUUCUUACCUAUCGUCUCUGUAGCUCCUCUAUGCAGGACGAUACAAAUUUGUGGGACAUGUUCUGGUAACACACAGAUAUGGGUUAUGUAUGACAUCCAAAAUUAUAGCUGAAUUGAGGGGUAACAACUGCCAAAGUCCAUAGAAUGAAGAGUGUCUUGUAUUGAGGGAUAGAAAUUGAUCACACAAUGGGUAACAACCUCAGAACUCAAAGAUUUGUGAUUGUUAAAACUUCUCUGGCAUUUAAUCAUUAAUAAACAUCUGUGUUGUGACAGCAGCAUAUCCAUGGCUUA